GACCCUUAAUUGCUUGGAGUUUGCGACGGUAUCCAAAGUCGAUACUCAUAGACGUCAUUGCUUUUUUCGCUCACUAUCGGUUGCUUCCCGGUUUCCUCCUAAGACAUGUUCUCGGCUAACACAUGCCCUCUUUUCCCCCAACAAGUGGUCGAAAACCGUCGAUGUCUUGGCGUUAAACAGCACAACAAGAAAUCCACAAGUCGUCGAUGCAAGUUAUCAGGGGCCAAGCAGCCGUCUCAAGUCAUUUCAGAAGGGCGCCUGGCCUAACGUCGCCACCAUGUGCCUUUGACUCCACCAGGUCUGGCGCGUGACUAAUGAUGAACCGCUCAACAGCUCCUCUUCGGAAGCUGUCCCAAUUGCCAAACUGCACGCGGUUGCUGGGAUUGGCGAAGGUAUCGAGAAGUGGUUUCGUCAAACAACCGGCAGGAACCUCACCUGGCCAACAGUUUCGCUCCCUAUUUUUCUCACAGCCCGAGCCAAAACCUAGGAAACUAGCCUCGGCUGUGCCAGCGGUGAUAAUUAUUGGCACCCUCGUCGUCUAUUUGCUCUAUCCCGCUGAUGGAUCUCAGCACCUCGCGUCCCAGGUGAAAAAGGGGAAAAGUCAACAAGCUGGCCAGGGGCAAAGCAAGGAGGAGGAUGCUAGGAGGGGCGAAGGACGCGCGUGGCUCAAAUUCGCCGACAGCUUUGAGAAGAUCUCCUUCACAACCGACGUAGAGUGGAGCAAGCUUUCUGACAAGGUCGUCGAUCUCAUCCUGCCGGAAUGGUCCAAACUCAUCCCCGGCUACGUCCGGAGGCUGCAGCGGGAGCUAUCCAUGGCUCCCGGCUCGCUUGCUGACGAGAUUUGGAAGGAAGCUCACGAUCCGUUCAUCAAUCCCGAGACCCGCUAUUCAGCAAAGGUGCGGGUGUCUGAGGAUCUGUGCAAUGAGGAGAAGGAGUUCCUCGCGCGCAGGAAAAGGGUUGCUGCAAUGGCCCUGGCAAAGUAUCUCGGCCUGGAGGAGAAGGACGUCCACCCGGACGACGUCCCCGUCAUUGCCAUGUGUGGCUCUGGGGGCGGCUUGCGUGCCAUGGUUGCCGGCACUGGAUCGCUGCUCGCCACGGCCGAGGACGGCUUGUUUGACUGCGCCACCUACCUCUCGGGCGUCAGUGGGUCGUGCUGGCUACAAGCCCUCUACUUCUCGACUAUCACGGGGCGGGACUUGAAUCGUGCCAUCGACCAUCUGAAGGCGCGAUUAGGGGUCCAUAUAGCUUACCCCCCCGUUGCCUUCUCGUCCGUCAUCUCUGCCCCAACAAACAAAUAUCUCUUGAACGGGAUUGUUGAGAAGCUCAAGGGAGACCCAAAGGCGGUCUUCGGCCUAGUUGACGUCUAUGGCCUUCUCCUUGCAGCACGACUCCUAGUCCCCAAGGGCGAGCUGGAAGUCAACGAGAAGGACUUCAAGCUCUCAAACCAGCGGGAGUAUAUCCGAUACGGCCAGAAUCCUCUACCCAUCUACACAGCUGUCCGGCAUGAAAUCCAGGACGUCGACGGUGCUGUGCUGGAGGCGGGCGGCCGGGCUUCUGAGGAUGCGAAACGAAAAGCGAAACAAGAAGCCUGGUUCCAGUGGUUCGAGGUCACGCCCUACGAGUUCUUCUGCGAGGAAUUCUCCGCCGGCAUCCCAACCUGGGCCAUGGGGAGGAAGUUCAAGGACGGCGCCGACGUUCCUGCAGCAGAUGGAUUGCAUCUCCCUGAGAUCCGGAUGCCGUUUCUCUUUGGGACCUUUGGGAGCGCAUUCUGCGCGACCCUCAGCCACUACUACCGGGAGAUCCGGCCGCUCGUUCUCAGCCUUAGUGGCUUCAGCGCCGUGGACGAGAUGAUCUACGGGCACAACGAAGACCUGAGCAAGGUCCAUCCCAUCAACCCGGCCACGCUUGCCAACUUCGCCUACGGGAUGAAGGGGAAGCUUCCCGAGACCACGCCGAGGAGCAUCUACGAGAGCGAGUACAUACAGCUGAUGGAUGCGGGCAUGUCGAACAACAUCCCCAUCUAUCCUCUCCUCCGGCCCGGGAGAGACGUCGACGUCGUCAUCGCGUUCGACGCGUCUGCCGACAUCAAGACGGACAACUGGCUCUCGGUGGCGGACGGCUAUGCCCGCCAGCGGAAGAUCAAGGGCUGGCCGGUGGGCAUCGGCUGGCCGAAGACCAGCGAUCCGGUGAGGAAGACGGCCAAGGAAUUGGAAGAGGCGCAAGCCUCCUCGACCACCCAGGCCGAAGACAAGCUCACGGAGGCAAAGGUCGACCAGGCCGCCCGGCGCAUCGAAUCCGGCUCGACGGGCGAGCAGAAGACAGACCCGAGGGAGCACAGGUACAGACAAGGCGAAGGGACGGCCGGCGAGCUGGGCUACUGUACCGUGUGGGUCGGCUCGACGCAGGAGCGCAGCUCGGAGCCUCCCGACCCCCUUUCCAAGGCCGUCGACGACGCGACCUCGUGGCGGCUGAUGGAGCCGGACGCGGGCCUGACGGUCGUCUACUGCCCCUUCCUGGCCAACGACCGGGUCCCCGGUGUCGACCCGGCCACGAGCGACUACAUGAGCACGUGGAACUUUGUCUACAAGCCGGAGCAGGUCGACCGGGUCGUCGACCUCGCCCGCGCAAACUACGACGAGGCGAGGGAGCAGAUAAGGGCCACCGUGCGGGCCGUCUACGAGAGGAAGAGGAGGAGGCGCCUGGGGGAGAAGAAGCGGACAAAGGAGGAGCGGUACCGGAGGUCGGUGAGGCUCGGUACGGUCGGCAAACUGGGGGAAGGUGACCACUUCAGUUAGGCCGAGUCCUGUUGUCGUUUCUGUCACUUAGAUGAUGUAGGUAUACGUGUGUGUCUAACAAGUCUAGAGAAGGACAUGGAUUGUGCCGUAUCAUGAAUGCCCUUUCAGGCGCAUGGGGAAUUCUAAUUUGCGACAUAAUGAAUAGGUAGAUAGGUAGUCCUGUCCAAUAUCGACUCGCCGCUUCGAGGAAAGGCCGAGCCAUUGUUCUACAAGUAUAUAACCCUU